CCUCUGCUGUUGUUAAAAUUCCAGAGGAGGAGUUAAAACACCCAGGCUUGGUGUUUGUUCAGUGUGAAUUUUAGAUGGAUGAUUUGUGCAGAAAACUUGUGAGUAAGUGUCCUGAUAUAGCAGUUAAAAUUAAAGAGAAGAAAAAGUAGGUAAAAAAUCGUAAACCUCAAAGAACCGUUCUUCUGUGAGGUUUGGUGGGGUUUUUUUUGGCGUGUAGAAAUUUAUUAUAAACAUUUUAUUUGUUUACCACUUGGAUUUAACAGUAUAAGAAUAUUUUAGUUAUUUCUUAUUUAAACACUUUUUAAUAUGUGGACACAAAGACAGGCCUGACUCUUGAUAGCUGAUAUAAAAAAUCAAUUAUACAGAACAUGCAAAGAAAGACUUCUCUCCCUGUUUUGUGGUUUGAUUUUGGGCAGUGAGAAAAAAAAAGUGAUAAAGUUGUUUCUUCAAGUAUAUUGUGGGGUUGAUUUCUUUUUUUCAUAGUUUCAAGUAUGUCUAAUUUUUUGGGGAGAUUUGUUGAAUUUUUCCAGCAAAGAUGAUUGUUUUAUCCAUCUUCCAAUCUGAUUGUAUCGAGGAUAUGUUUAGUAUGUGAAUUUGUCUUUACCUUUCUAAAGCUGUCUUGUGUCUUUCACGUAUCAAGUACAUAUGCUUUGAUUUAAAUCUUGACAUGGUAUUUUAAACUGCAGAUAUUGAGUGUUAACCCAUUUCUUCACAAACUUGCUUCGGACAUGUUUGUUAAUCUGUUGAACCAGUAUUUUGUGUCAAUUCCUGCUUGGAUAGCAAAAGCAUAAGACUGAACAUCUGAUUUUGAUGUUGCUUAUCAAGUGAACAUUUGCUUCAGGAAAGAAAGCCGAGGGCCCAACCUAGGAAUGUAAAAUUAAUUAAUUUUGCCUUGUUUACAUAUCUGUGAUAACUUUUUCCUUGAAUAACUAUUUGUUGUUUCCUAAAUUCUAUAAAAUACACAAAUGCAUCAAGAUAUUUCACUUAGAACUGUUAAUUUGUUUGUCUGAAUCUGCAAAAAUUAUCUGUAAUAUGACUAGUGCUAUUGCAUUUUUACAGUCUGCUCCCUUGGAGUGCAACACGUGCUGCUAAAAUUCACUGUAAUGAAGAACACUUCAGUGUAGUGCCUGUCAGUUUGGAGAAAUGAUAAAUCUAUGCAAUAUAUUUUGUUACUUCAAAUACAGUGACCAAAACGUGAAUGUCUGCGCUAUACUAAGAAAAUGACACUGGCUACACACCAAUUAACACAUAUGCAGUAUGGAGGAUACUCCAAGUGGUAUAGCUUUAUAGAUUCAUUUCUAAAUUUGAGCAGAUUUUGCUGUACUAAUGGGAGAAACUACUGCCUGAGGUUAAUCAAUGUGUAAAAAACUUUUCAGAUAAAGCAGAAUAACGCAUGGGAAUUUAUCUCUUCAGUUCUUUCAACACCAGCAAAUAUUUCCAGGUGCCUUGAGUCUAAGCUAUUACAACCCUGACUCUUGUAACGAAACUUAAUAUAUUUUCUUAAAUGGUUCUGAAAUUUUGCAGUGGUGUUUCCUUUCAGUUGCAGACCUUGCAUCAGUGCAACAUCCAAACAGAACUCUUUCUCUCACAGCAAGCUUUGUAAAACCACUUUAUGCAGAAAGUAUUUUGAUAAAUAAUGGGCAGAAUGAGGAGCAGUUCUGAUGUGUCAAUUGGAAUGAGCCUGGAUUUUUGUUACUGUGAAUUUACCCACCCAUUCCUUUGAUUUUAAGCUGGAGCAGCCCAUACUUCUGUUUGUUUGGUUAGAAAGAAGAGCAGGUUGGGGGUGAUAUCUAGAGGCAAACUUGAAGCCUACAGUUUUCUCCUCAGGAGGAGGCUGCUGGAUCAGACAUGUCUCCCACGUGUAAUGAGAAAACUUCUGUGGUAGGGAACAGAAGGUCUAACAUGGAACAUCAGAAAACUGGUAACUUUGCUUCAUGAUUCAGUUCACAGUCAUCUCCCCUUGGAUCUUCCAUAACUCUGGAUCAAAAGAAAACUCCCAGCUGGCCAGCUCAAAUUUUGUCCUGUUCUUGAAGUGAUAGCAACAGAUUGGGAUUUUAAGAAUAUUUUUCAGUCAAUGUAGCUUCAAAGCUGUUAGGUUUCUUUCAUCAGUGACAGUGUGUUUGAUUCUUAACCAGCAAGAUUUCACAGCUAGGAAUAAAAGACACCUUGGAAUGCAGUUGGAAAAUAUUAGGGAGAACAAGUUAUAUUUGAAUUGUGGAUGAUAAAUGCAAAUAUUUGGCAAUGACAAGAUAAUGGGAUUGUACUGGUGGAGGUUUAUUAUAAACACAUGGUCACCCCUGAAUCUUUCACAAGUCAAAUGCACAAUACAGUUUGUAAAUGACCUGAUUUCUGGUUUGUAAAUUAACUGCUCUGGUUUGUAACUUCUGUGGGGAGAAAAUCUGACCUUUCUCAAUGGGUCAAUUACUGUAACACCUAAAAAUGUCUACUGGUUGGGGUUUUUUUUUAAAUAUUAAAUUCAAACAGCUGACAGUUUCAUGUUUGUUUCUCACUGAUGUAAAUUGAUACUUGGAGUUCAGAGAUAACCUUAUUUGAAUAAAGGUGCAUAUUUUUAGUAAGCCUUUUUCUUUUCAUUUGGUACAUGUCCAUGAAAUCUAAGCAAGUGUAUUUGAAACAUUAUUUACCCUCAGUUCAAGUCAGAACACUUACAGAUCUGGCUUCAGUUCUACUUGACACUGGGGAGUUAAUGGCAUUCUGAGUGUGAAUGCCCUCUGUCAUUUUUCCCCAGCCAGGAGCAAGAUUUUUAGUAAGUGGAGGAGAGGAAUAUUGAAUUGAAUCUAUUCAAGCUGACAAAACCCUAAAUACUUCUUUCUGUUGGUCCAGCUGCUAGAAAAGGCAACAUCCUCUUGGUAGAGAGAUGAAGCAGGGGGUAAAGUCCUGGUUCUUUCAAGAACACCCAAGUAGUUUUGCAUUAUGUGACUGAUAGGAAGAGAGAAUCAAAAGAAGACUGGGAGUUUGGAUGGCAUUUUUGGGCUGGCCUCUCUCUGGAAUUUGCGUGUUUCAAGACUGAGUUCUGUGCUGGAGUUAGAGAUCUGUGUGUUCCUUGGGUAUGGAAUGCAGGCUUUUAUUUAUCACCCAUUUUCAUCAGAUAAAACACGAACAGAGUCUUUAAUUUUGAUUUCACUUCAGCUAGAGGGAAAAGACAGAUUUAAAGCAAAGGAAGUGGCAACAUGAGUACUUAAUUAGCUGCUGUUUGUAUGUUUUCAUGAAGCCUGGGAUUCCUGUCCUCAACAAAAAGCAGUACAUUUUUUAACUUCAAUAGAGCACCUGCCUGAAACAGAAUUACUCCGAUGGUACUGGCUGUGUUGUGCCUUUUUGUUAUCAGUCUCUCCUGUGUUUCUCAGCAGCUUCAGUGCCAAUAGGCCCAGUAACUUUUAAAGCCCUUUUUGUUAUCUUUUAUCUCAACAUGGAAAAGUCUUUUGCGGAUUGCAAGAUUGAGAGCUGGAGGGCAAGACCUCUUAGCAGUCCCUCCCCAAGCCAGUUCUUGCCUUGCUCAAUCCUGUGAAAGCAUCACUUUUAGGCACAAAAUUAUGUUAGAAACAUUUCUAGAGGGAUCAAAGCCUACAGCAGAGUCAGGGAAGCUCCUUUUCAGUAAAGACCAACAGCACAAAGCUUAACAGGUACCACCUCCCAUACACUUGGAGAAGACCCUUGAGAACCAACACUGGAAAAAUCAGGGUUUUCAAAUUUCCAGCUAGGAAAAUUUUAAAUAAAGAUGAAGUAGUUGUUACUUGGAAUUCAUGAUUCUGAGUGCUAGUUUAAAAAAAAAAAGUCAGAAUUUCUUGUUUAGACACUAAUAAUACAGGAUUUCAGAAUGUCGGGGGGGUGUUUUUUGUUUUGUUUGGUGGUUUUGUUUGUCGUUUUUGGAUUUGGGCUUUUUUGUGGGUUUUUUUUUUCUGUUUGUUUUUUUGUGUGUGUUUUUUGGUGGUUUUUGGGGUUUUUUUGGUGGUUUUUUUUUUUUUUUUUUGUAAUAGUAAUAGGUCUGCUUUAAUUAGAAAGGCUGUAAUACAGAUUAAGGCAUUAGGCAAACUGGAAUCCUCCCAUCUCUCAUUUCUAUUUGAAAUUAUGAGAGUGCUGGGAGAACCAUUUAGAUAAUCAAAAUUCCAGAAUGUUGCAUUAAGGCAUGUGCAAUCAGUGCAGUAGGAUAAAUGCUCAAAACCCAAACUCAUGAACUUUGGAAACCCAGCAGGUGAUUUUCUUUCCCAGAAUAGUCUAUGACCUAGGCAGCAGAUCCUGGAAAUCUUCACCUGAGUAGACCUGGUGAGGCUAAUGAUGUGACUAAAGGUUUGAAAGAUGAGGACCUACAGAAACAAUCUACAUCCAAAAGGUAUCCAGACUGUUUUAUGGCAUACAGAUUCAGAUUUAUUCAUCCUUUAUCAGCAGUUAAGAUUAUAAACAGCAGGUGUUUUAAGCAGCACCAAAGCAGGGGUCUAGAUGGAGAUAGCCUGGGGAAGAUCUGACAGAAACACAAGAGAAAGAAAGUAGGAAGAUCUAACUUGCUUUCUUUGGGGUUACUUUCUUGAAAUAGUCAUAGCAGUGAUGCCUCACUCCAUCUGCAAGAUAAACCAACCAUAUGAAGAGGGGCUGAAGAAAAACCACACAAAAUAUUCCUGUCCAGUAGGAUAAAAUAAUCAUGGAUAAAAAGAAUCAGGGGUUUUGCUUAAUGAAGAACUCAAGUUUUCAAAUCUCAAAUCUGAAGGUUUUCCACUCAGUAGCCUGAAUUUUACUAUUUUACUACGGCUGUUGAAUCAAGCAGGUUUUCAAUUCAGUUCCAGGGAAUGUUGUAAUCUCUAUGAAAUUGAGAGCAAGCUUCAAGACUGAAGAUGUCAAAAUGCUAUUGCACACUAUAAUUGAGUUUUGUGUGUGUGUGUACAGUUAGCUUAAAGUAUUAAUGGAAAAAGUAGAUAGUUGCAUCUAAUGAGUUUUUGGAGUAAUCUGAACCAUCUGCCCCCAUAUAUUAAGGAGUUCUUUCUUUAAUCCAGAUUAUGGCUGACAAACUGGUUUUGGCAUUCACGUUUCACUAGCACUGUGCCCUUGAAGAGCUGAUGUGGCUGUAGAAACUCUCUCACUUACAACUGUUGUGUUUGAAAACAUUUUUGUUUGUCUUUCUUGUAGUUGUUUCCUUAUAGCUCUUUUUUUUUUUUUUUUUUUUUUUUUUUUUUGAGAAGAUGGCCUUUCUAAUGAAAAGUAUGUUGAGCAACCAGGUAAAGAAUUUUGGACUUGGAGGUGGAGGGGAAGAAAGCAAAGAAGAAAGCAGUCCUUCUGAUCCAGCAGCAGCUGCAGGAAUGACCAGAGAGGAGUAUGAGGAAUAUCAAAAGCAAAUGGUUGAGGAGAAGAUGGAAAGAGAUGCAGCAUUUGCACAGAAAAAAGCAGAGCGAGCUGUUCUGAGGGUUCACCUGAGAGAAAAGUACAGACUGCCCAAGAGUGAAUUGGAUGAGAAUCAAAUACAGAUGGCUGGAGAUGAUGUGGGGUUGCCAGAAGACCUUCAGAAGAUGGUGGCAGAAGAUCAGGAAGAGGAAGAGGACAAGGACUCUAUCCUGGGCCAGCUGCAGAACAUCCAGAACAUGGACAUGGAUGCCAUCAAAGAAAAGGCACAAGCCACUUUCACUGAGAUGAAACAGGCAGCUGAGCAGAAAUGUUCCAUGAUGUAGAAGAGCCACCACUGCCCAAGGGCUGUAACUUCAGUCUUGUGUUGCUGGGGCUGCAGAGGGAGAGCAGGCAGAGGGAUGCAUGUAGCUCUAUAGCAUUCAGUGUAAAUAUAGAAAAGUGAUGAGAGAGAGACUUAAAACCCUGAGGGAAGAGUAAAAAUUUACCUGCUGGGACUGCCUGGAAGGAAGUUAGAACUGAUCCUCACUUUUGAACAUAACUUUUUCCCCCAUAGAAAAAAUGGCUUUUAAAAAGUUAAUAUUGGGGGGAAAAUGUGCCUUUUUCCAUUUUUUCCAUGUGACUGAAAUGCUAUUAAAUGUGUAUGUUUGAACAAAAUUUUACUUCUGAUAUCACACAGAGGUAACUGCUCAUUUAAUCCUGCUUACAGAAAUAAACACGUAAAUUUCUUAAAAAACAUGUCUGUGUCCUGGUUUGAAAGACAGGUAUCUGCUAGGAAGGGGGCAGGACCUCCCUAGAGAUGGAGAAUUCGAAUCCCUUCCCUCCAAAUUAUUCUAAUUUAGAAAAUUAAAGGGGCUUUCAGACAGAGGUAUGGGGAUAGGAAUAACAGUUCUUUACUAGUAUAUAUGACAAAACAAACAAACAAACAACAACAACUACAGCAUUAAUAAUAAAUAGAACCAAGAACCUUGAGGGCUUUCUUUCACAAAAAGCCCGGGGCAGUUUGAUCUCGGUGCCCCUGCAGGACUCCGAGAGGCUGAGCUGGAACGGGGGAAAGUCCCGGGCUGGUGGAUGAGAUGAGGAGCUCUGCGCUGGUAGCUGGAAUGGCAGGGGAUGUCCCGGCAGGGCUGCACAGUGCAGGGCUACAGAGUAGAAGGAAAGCCUCAAAGCUCCGAAGAAGCAGCGGUGGUGGGGGGAGGGCUGGAGAAAAACAAGCUCAGGAUUCCCGGGUACACAAGCAGAUGAUGGUAGAUUUCCCAGGACGAAGCAGAGGCAGAGUGAUGGCCGUGAACUCUUCCUGCAGCGAGGGGCAGCGUGACUGUCUUCCUCGAUGCUGAGAGCAAGAGUGAGCCCCCCCCCCCCCAGCUCUGUCUUUUUACCUUUCCCAAAGCUCGCGUUAUCUCUCCCCUCUGAGGGACACUCCCAGAGACUUAAAAACAAUAGGUGUAGCCUUGUGCUGCCAUGUCCUUCAACUACUCUCUUUGUUCUGGCUAAGUACUGUCAUCAAGGUUUCUUAGAAACUUAUGGGAAAAAAAUUCUGUAAGUGAAAAAAAAAAGGCAAAUCUAACCCCCAACAGUCUGUUUCAAACAUCUUGAGGCAAACACAGUGUUCAGGUAUUGAUAUUUGCUGCAAAACCUUUAUUUUUUAAAAUCAUCUCUGUACUAAGUGUAGCAAAAGGCAAAAAGUGAAGCAUGUAACUCAACAGCUUGGGUCAAAAAUGUCAUAUACACUGAGUGGGGACUUGUAGGAAAGUAAGGCUUGGUGGCUCUCAGUGAGCCCUGCUCUUGAGCACUGCAGGCUUCUCCAGUCUGCUUUCAUUUCCCAGCCUCUCAAAGACACUUCAAACAUCAAGGGACAGCACUAGCCCUCUGCUUGUCUGCUCUGGAGUUUGGGGUACCAGCACAAGGCUAAAAUCAGCUCCCCACGCUGAUUCUGGGAGUUGUCUCCAUUGAAGGCUAAACAUGGAGGGUUAUACCAGGGUAGAGCACCUAAACCUGAGGAAAGGCAUAGCUCUCACUAAUGUUAAAUCUGCCUGUGUCUAUGGGACAUGCAGGCUGCUACUCUCAAGGAAUUCUAUAAAAUGAAUGGCUUUGUAAGUUCUCCAAGAGCUAGCCUGGGAAUUAAAUUUGGAAAUGAGCAUGUGUAGCACCUUCCUACAGGUUUAUAAGUCUCUCUCUCUCUCUUUCUGUCUCC